CAUUCAUUAAGAUCGUAACGACUAAACGAAAAAAAAAAACUCAAGAGACGAGAAAGAGAGAGUAAUGGAGAGGAUUGUCGAGGUAGCUUACGGAGCAUCCGUGAAAUCAGUUUUAACGUUGCUGGAGAAGAAUCUGUUGCCGGAUGUUGUCAUAAGGCUACUAACGCGGCUGCUUCUCGCCGGUCGACUUCGUUCCGGUUACAAACCCACGGCGGAGCUGCAACUUUCUGAUCUACUCCGUUUCGUUAACUCUAUAAAAGAGAUGCCUAUAGCCAUAAAUACCGAGAAGCCGAAGACGCAACACUAUGAAUUACCAACCGCUUUCUUCGAACUUGUUCUUGGAAGAAACAUAAAAUACAGCUCAUGUUAUUUCCCAAAGGAUUCAAGUAGCUUAGAAGAAGCAGAGGAAGCAAUAUUGGCUCUAUAUUGCGAAAGAGCUAAUGUGGAAGAUGGACAAAGUGUUCUCGAUGUCGGAUGUGGCUGGGGAUCUUUGUCUUUGUACAUUGCCCGCAAGUAUAGCAAUUGCAAGUUAACCGGUCUUUGCAACUCAAAAACACAGAAAGCAUUUAUUGAUGACCAAUGCCGGAAACUCGGCAUUCAAAAUGUUGAAAUCAUUGUUGGGGAUAUUAGUACUUUUGAGCAUGAAGGGACAUAUGAUCGAGUAUUCUCCAUCGAAAUGUUUGAGCAUAUGAAAAAUUAUGGAGAGCUUCUGAAGAAAAUUGGAAGCUGGAUGAAGGAAGAUAGUCUUCUGUUUGUUCACUAUUUCUGCCAUAAGACAUUUGCUUACCACUUUGAGGAUGUGCGUGACGAUGACUGGAUCACAAGAUACUUCUUUAGUGGAGGAACAAUGCCAUCGGCGAAUCUUCUCCUCUAUUUCCAAGACGAUGUUUCAAUUGUGGAUCAUUGGCUCCUAAACGGGAAGCAUUAUGCAAGGACCAGUGAGGAGUGGCUCAAAAGAAUGGACAAGGAGAUAGUUGCAAUAAAGGAGAUAAUGAAAAUGACUUAUGGGAAAGAGGAGGCAGUGAAGUGGAUGGUUUACUGGAGAACCUUCUUCAUGGCUGUUGCUGAGCUUUUUGGAUACAACAAUGGAGAAGAGUGGAUGAUUUCACACUUCCUAUUCAAGAAGAAAUGAUUAUAUCUUUCUUCUCCUAGUAAUCAGUUUAUGAUUUAUCUUUGAGUUGUGUGAGCCAAACAAAGAAUAAAACAUUAUCCUUCUACUUUGA